AUGGAUAACAAAAAUGGCAGUAACGCAACAAACAACCUUGGCAAGGAAGAUGUGAACAGAAGCGACUACAGAGGAGCAUUAGUUCUCUUUGGAUUGCUUUCAAUAUCUGCCAUUGCUGCUAACAGCCUGAUCCUGGUGCUGAUCUGGAAAAAAAGACAUCUCCGCACCACUUCCAACACAAUUCUUGCCAGUCUCGCAGUAAGUGACCUUCUCACUGGCGUGGUGGCAGUGCCAAUGGUGAUUGCGUGCACAGAGACGUUAAUACUGGAUGUCUGCAUCGCCAUGGACAUCUCAAAUCGUUUCCUGGCCUUCUCAUCUGUGGCCCACCUUAUUAUUUUAUCCGUCGACCGUUAUAUUAGAAUAAUCAAGAUCUUACAAUAUCCGUCCAUCGUCACUAAAGUAAGACUCGCUUGGACGUUGGCAUUCACGUGGGUGUUCUCACUACUGGCUUCAUUGGUGCAGCUAACUUGGGUUCUACACGCCACAAUGGAUGAUGACACAAUGAUCCGCUUUGACCUAGGAUACGACUUCUUUCACAUGAUUGCCCUCGUUAUGGUGCCCCUCUUCUUGAUGAUAAGUAUCUAUACGAAACUUUUCAUCCAUCUUCGCUGGCAAUGCAAGGAGAUCCACAGCGAUUUGUCUGGACACACGGUGUCACAGUUUAAUGCAAGGAGACGAAAAGUGAAUGAAAAAAAAACUGCUUUCUUGUUCAUUGCAAUGAUCGCAGUCUUCAUAUUUGGCCUGUUUUUGUAUUUUUUAUGGGCGAUUAUAGACGAUUUGGAAGUAAUAGGGCUUCUUAACAUAGAGCGAAGCGCACAGAACAUAAUUGUCCCUGUCAUCAUUUUCCUUCGCUUUUUGAGCGCGCUGUGUAAUCCCCUUCUGUGUACAUUCAUGAAGCAAGACUUUUUAGACGCUUUGAAAUCCUUUCUGAAUGCGUUAAGAAGUUCGAGAAGGGUUUAA